AUGUCUCUCAAGAUCUCUGGUCAUCGCCACAGUUAUGCUCGGAAUCGACUGCUGAACUUUUACAUCGGCUCGCUUCUAUCGAGGCCUCUGUUGACCAAGUCGUGCACUUCAGCCACCCUAUCCUUUCUCCAGGAGGUGCUAGCUAGUAAGCUGGCUGACGAACGCCCUACCGUCGUAUCCUCAGGAUACAAGCCCCUCGACUAUGCCCAAUCGCUUGGAGUCAGCGUAAGGGCUAUCAAGCUCACGGCGUACGGAGGUUUGAUCUCUGCGCCACUUAGCCAUGGGUUGAUGAAACUUUUACACCGAGUAUUUCCCAACCAUGAAUCAAGUGAUAAAAGUAAACUUGGAAUGAUCUUGGCCUCCAUGUUAAUCACUGGCCCCAUCCAGAACAGUGUCUACUUAAUCGCAAUGGGCGCAAUCGAAGGACUGAAAUCCCAGAAAGAGAUCUAUUUCUUUUGGAAAAAUACUAUUGGUAUACUCACCAAAAUGUCAAUCAUCUUAGGGACACUUUCAACGAUCAUCGCCAAUAGAUUCUUGAGCAAAGAGUUAUGGGUCCCGUUCUUCAACUUGGUCGGAUUCGUCUUGGGCACCUACGUCAACUUUCUGAACAAGAAGAAGCAAAAAGGGGCCGCAAAAGAUAAGAAAGACCCCAAUCCUACGUCUUCUAUCCAUCAUUCCAAAACUGCAUUUAACGAGACAAUAGACGAUCACAAGCAGAGAAAGUAA